UUUAACUCUGGAGCUCGUGAUGUCGCAGCUUCUUCUUCUCUUCAUCUAAAGGUUGUUGUGUUGGUGUGAAGGUGUGGACUCUGCUAUGAAUCAGUGUGAGGACAGAGAGGAGGGAGUCCCUCCCUCUAAAAGCACUCUGUGUGGGGAACAUGACAGCCAGACCAAAGGUCAGAGGAUCCAUCAGAGACCAGACUGUCCUGGACCUGGACCUGGACCUGAACCCAGCUGUGUGUCCAUGAAGAGUGACCGGUCUAUGGAUACUCAUUUCAAUUUCAAAGAUGGACGCCACUCUGUUGUUCAAAGGAGGAAGCUGGAACAACCUGAACCCAGCUGUGUGUCCAUGAAGAGUGACUGGUCUAUGGAUCCUCCUUUAUCCUUCAAAGAUGAUCAGAGAGAGGACCAGGAGAGCUCACAGGUUCCCAGAGGUCAGUCUGCCCAGCAGCAUCAAACACACCUGGACUCCAUAUUUAUGCUGCUGGAGGAGAACAUCCUCACUUUUGUGAAGAACGAGCUGAAGAAGAUCCAGAAGGUUGUGAGUUCAGAUUACCCAGAAUGCUUAGAGAGUCAGAGGGUGGAUGAGGAGGUGUUGGACGGUGAGGAUGAAGAGCAGAGGAGGAGCAGCAGAGAGGCAUUUCUGAAGAUCACACUGCACCUCCUGAGGAGAAUGAAGCAGGAGGAGCUGGCUGACUGUCUGCAGAGCAGACUUCUUGCUGCAGUUUGUCAGCGUGAACUCAAAUCUAACCUGAAGAAGAAGUUCCAGUGUGUGUUUGAGGGGAUCGCUAAAGCAGGAAACCCAACCCUUCUGAACCAGAUCUACACAGAGCUCUACAUCACAGAGGGAGGGACUGCAGAGGUCAAUGAUGAACAUGAGGUCAGACAGAUUGAAACAGCAUCCAGGAAACCAGACAGACCAGAAACAACCAUCAGACAAGAAGACAUCUUUAAAGCCUCACCUGGAAGAGAGGAACCAAUCAGAACAGUGAUGACAAAGGGAGUGGCUGGCAUUGGGAAAACAGUCUUAACACAGAAGUUCACUCUGGACUGGGCUGAAGACAAAGCCAACCAGGACAUACAGUUCACAUUUCCAUUCACCUUCAGAGAGCUGAAUGUGCUGAAAGAGAAAAAGUACAGCUUGGUGGAACUUGUUCAUCACUUCUUCUCUGAAACCAAAGAAGCAGGAAUCUGCAGGUUUGAAGAGUUCCCGGUUGUGUUCAUCUUUGACGGUCUGGAUGAGUGUCGACUUCCUCUGGACUUCCACAACAAUGAGAUCCUGACUGAUGUUACAGAGUCCACCUCAGUGGAUGUGCUGCUGACAAACCUCAUCAGGGGGAAACUGCUUCCCUCUGCUCGCCUCUGGAUAACCACACGACCUGCAGCAGCCAAUCAGAUCCCUCCUGAGUGUGUUGGCAUGGUGACAGAGGUCAGAGGGUUCACUGACCCCCAGAAGGAGGAGUACUUCAGGAAGAGAUUCAGUGAUAAGAAGCAGGCCAGCAGGAUCAUCUCCCACAUCAAGACCUCACGAAGCCUCCACAUCAUGUGCCACAUCCCAGUCUUCUGCUGGAUCACUGCUACAGUUCUGGAGGAUGUGUUGAAGACCAGAGAGGGAGGAGAGCUGCCCAAGACCCUGACUGAGAUGUACAUCCACUUCCUGGUGGUUCAGUCCAAACUGAAGAACGUCAAGUAUGAUGGAGGAGCUGAGACGGAUCCACACUGGAGUCCAGAGAGCAGGAAGAUGACUGAGUCUCUGGGAAAACUGGCUUUUGAUCAGCUGCAGAAAGGAAACCUGAUCUUCUAUGAAUCCGACCUGACAGAGUGUGGCAUCGAUAUCAGAGCAGCCUCAGUGUACUCAGGAGUGUUCACACAGAUCUUUAGAGAGGAGAGAGGACUGUACCAGGACAAGGUGUUCUGCUUCAUCCAUCUGAGUGUUCAGGAGUUUCUGGCUGCUCUUCAUGUCCAUCUGACCUUCAUCAACUCUGGUGUUGAUCUGCUGUCAGAAGAACAAACAACCUCCCGGUGGUCUAAAGUCUUCAGAGACAAACCUAAACUAACACAUCUCUACCAGAGUGCUGUGGACAAGGCCUUACAGAGUCCAAAUGGACACCUGGACUUGUUCCUCCGCUUCCUCCUGGGUCUUUCACUGCAGACCAAUCAGACUCUCCUACGAGGUCUGCUGACACAGACAGGAAGUAGCUCACAGACCAAUCAGGAAACAGUCCAGUUCAUCAAGAAGAAGAUCGACGAGGAUCUCUCUGCAGAGAAAAGCAUCAAUCUGUUCCACUGUCUGAAUGAACUGAAUGAUGGUUCUCUAGUGGAGGAGAUCCAACAGUCCCUGAGUUCAGGACGUCUCUCCACAGAUAAACUGUCUCCUGCUCAGUGGUCAGCUCUGGUCUUCAUCUUACUGUCAUCAGAAAAAGAUCUGGACGUGUUUGACCUGAAGAAAUACUCUGCUUCAGAGGAGGCUCUUCUGAGGCUGCUGCCAGUGGUCAAAGCCUCCAACAAAGCUCUACUGAGUGUCUGUAACCUCUCAGAGAGAAGCUGUGAAGCUCUGUCCUCAGUCCUCAGCUCCCAGUCCUCUAGUCUGAGAGAGCUGGACCUGAGUAACAACGACCUGCAGGAUUCAGGAGUGAAGCUGCUGUCUGCUGGACUGGAGAGUCCACACUGUAAACUGGAAACUCUCAGACUGAGUGUCUGUAACCUCUCAGAGAGAAGCUGUGAAGCUCUGUCCUCAGUCCUCAGCUCCCAGUCCUCUAGUCUGAGAGAGCUGGACCUGAGUAACAACGACCUGCAGGAUUCAGGAGUGAAGCUGCUGUCUGCUGGACUGGAGAGUCCACACUGUAAACUGGAAACUCUCAGGCUGUCAGGCUGUCUGAUCACAGAGGAAGGCUGUGCUUCUCUGGACUCAGCUCUGAGCUCCAACCCCUCCCAUCUGAGAGAGCUGGACCUGAGCUACAAUCAUCCAGGAGACUCAGGAGUGAAGCUGCUGUCUGCUGGACUGGAGGAUCCACACUGGAGACUGGAAACUCUCAGGGUGGAGCCUGCUGGAGUCCGAUGGUUCAGACCAGGUCUGAGGAAGUAUUCCUGUGAACUCACACUCGACACAAACACAGUGAACAGAAACCUCAAACUGUCUGACAACAACAGGAAGGUGACAUGUGUGGAGGAGGAUCAGUCAUAUCCUGAUCAUCCAGACAGAUUUGACCACUGUCCUCAGCUGCUGUGUAGAACUGGUCUGACUGGUCGCUGUUACUGGGAGGUCGAGUGGAGAGGAGACGUUCAUAUAUCAGUGAGUUACAGAGGAAUCAGAAGGAGAGGAGACAGUGAUGACUGUUGGUUUGGAAGGAAUGAUCAGUCCUGGAGUCUGUUCUGCUCUGAUAAUGGUUGCUUUGUCUAUCACAAUAAGACAAUAACACAUCCAUCUCCUCCUCCUCCUCCUCCUUCCUCUGGUAGAGUAGCAGUGUAUGUGGACUGUCCUGCUGGCUCUCUGUCCUUCUACAGAGUCUCCUCUGACACACUGAUCCACCUCCACACCUUCAACACCACAUUCACUGAACCUCUUUAUCCUGGGUUUGGGUUUGGGUUUCUGGUCAUCUGGUUCCUCAGUGUCUCUGUGUUCUCUGUAGGAGGGAGAGUCUCCUCCUGGUAGAGAAACUUUCUCUCUGCUGACCAGAUAGUUCAGUCUGUACAGGAUCACACACAGCUGAUGUUAGUUAGUACCAACCUGAUCUCUCAGUGGUUGUAAAUGCAGUCUGAGCAGGUGAGGGGUACCUGAGCUGGUCUGGACUCUGGGGGGUUGAGAGCUCUCUGGGACUUGUGGUGUUGCAGAUGGAUGGCUGAAAGAGCUGAGCGAGGUCCAUGUAAUUACCUGAAAUGAUCAGUUGUCUGAGAGAAGGUGUGAAACAUGUUUUACUUUGUGUAUAAAACUGAACUUUGUUGUCUUGAAACAUUUGUUUGUGUGAAGAAAAACCUACGAAUGUCAAACAAGAGUCUUUCUGGAUCAAAUUCAUCAUCUGUGGGAAAAUAAUCACAAUGUGUAAAGAGUUGUUUUGAUUAGAACAAACUA